GCAACAGCUAAAUGUAAAUGCAAAUGGCGGCGCUUGGCGUGUCUAUAACAAUUGGCGUCGCUUUAAAAACAUGUGAAAUAUAAGAUGAUACGUUUCAAUGUUGUUUUUGAAAUCAAAUAAAUAAGUGUUAUUCAAGGGCGUAAUCAAAGGCAGCAGCGAUGUCGCUGCCGCCUUACUUAUUGGGGCCCAACCCCUGGGCUACCAUGAUGGCGCAGCAACAGCUGGCGGCGGCGCAACAGGCCGCUUUACAAGCGCACGCUGCCGCUGCUGCAGCUGCUCCGCCGGUCCCUCCGGCUCAACCACCAAAACCUCACCACAUUCCUGAGGAGAAGAUUAAGGAAAAGGCUACAAAAUGGCUUCAGCUUCAAUCAAAGCGUUUUGCGGAAAAACGCAAAUUUGGUUUUGUGGAUGCUCAAAAAGAAGAUAUGCCACCUGAGCACAUACGCAAAAUCAUCAGAGACCAUGGUGAUAUGACAAGUCGUAAAUACAGACAUGACAAGAGAGUGUAUCUUGGAGCAUUGAAGUACAUGCCACAUGCUGUUAUGAAAUUACUUGAGAACAUGCCAAUGCCCUGGGAACAAAUCAGAGAUGUACAAGUUCUAUACCACAUUACAGGAGCUAUAACAUUUGUUAAUGAAAUACCCUGGGUAAUUGAGCCUGUAUAUAUUGCUCAAUGGGGCACUAUGUGGAUUAUGAUGAGGCGUGAAAAAAGAGAUCGUCGACACUUCAAAAGAAUGAGAUUUCCACCGUUUGACGAUGAAGAACCUCCAUUAGACUAUGCUGAUAAUAUCUUGGAUGUUGAGCCCCUUGAACCGAUCCAGAUAGAGUUGGAUCCUGAGGAAGAUGGGGCAGUAGCGUCAUGGUUUUAUGACCACAAACCAUUAUUAGGGACUAUACAUGUUAAUGGAUCAACAUACAGGAAAUGGAAUUUGUCAUUGCCACAAAUGGCAACACUUUACCGUCUUGCAAACCAACUACUGACUGAUUUAGUAGAUGACAACUAUUUUUACUUGUUUGAUUCAAAGAGUUUCUUCACUGCAAAAGCCUUAAAUAUGGCCAUACCUGGAGGUCCAAAGUUUGAACCUCUGGUGAAAGAUAACUCUGCUGGAGAUGAAGAUUGGAAUGAGUUCAACGAUAUUAACAAGAUCAUCAUCAGACAGCCAAUCAGAACAGAAUACAGAAUAGCAUUCCCAUACCUCUAUAACAAUUUGCCACAUUUUGUUCAACUGUCUUGGUACCACACACCCAACGUUGUGUACAUAAAAACAGAAGAUCCAGACUUGCCAGCUUUUUACUUUGAUCCCCUCAUCAAUCCAAUCUCGCACAGACAUUCAGUAAAGUCCUUAGACCCGGUCCCCGAAGAGGAAGACUUUGUUUUACCUGAAGAGGUCUCACCAUUCUUACAAGAAACUGCAUUGUACACUGACAACACGGCAAAUGGUAUUGCGCUGCUUUGGGCUCCAAGGCCUUUUAGUAUGAGAUCAGGUCGUUGUCGUCGGGCCAUUGACGUGCCUCUUGUUAAGACUUGGUACAAGGAGCACUGCCCUCCGGGUCAGCCUGUCAAAGUGCGAGUCUCGUAUCAAAAGUUGCUUAAGUACUAUGUGCUCAAUGCACUCAAACAUCGCCCGCCCAAACCGCAGAAAAAGAGGUACUUAUUCCGUUCCUUCAAAUCUACCAAAUUCUUCCAAACAACAACAUUGGAUUGGGUAGAGGCUGGUCUCCAAGUGUGUCGUCAAGGAUACAACAUGUUGAACUUGCUCAUCCAUCGGAAAAACCUUAAUUAUCUACAUUUGGAUUACAACUUUAAUUUGAAACCUGUGAAGACACUAACAACUAAGGAGAGGAAGAAGUCUCGUUUCGGAAAUGCAUUCCAUCUUUGUCGAGAAAUUCUCCGUCUGACAAAAUUAAUAGUGGACUCGCACGUCCAAUACCGUCUGAAUAACGUGGACUCAUUCCAACUGGCUGAUGGUCUACAGUACAUAUUUGCUCACGUUGGUCAGCUGACUGGAAUGUACAGAUACAAGUACAAACUGAUGAGGCAGAUUAGGAUGUGCAAGGACUUGAAGCAUCUGAUAUAUUACCGAUUUAAUACUGGCCCAGUGUCAAAGGGUCCAGGUUGCGGUUUCUGGGCUCCAGGAUGGCGUGUGUGGCUGUUCUUCAUGAGAGGCAUCACUCCGCUGUUGGAGAGAUGGCUUGGCAACUUACUGUCCAGGCAAUUCGAAGGAAGACACUCCAAAGGUGUUGCUAAAACGGUGACGAAACAGCGUGUGGAAUCUCACUUCGACCUGGAAUUGCGUGCGUCUGUCAUGCACGAUAUCGUGGAUAUGAUGCCAGAAGGAAUCAAGCAGAAUAAGGCGAGGACAAUAUUGCAGCAUCUGUCCGAAGCCUGGAGGUGCUGGAAGGCGAAUAUCCCUUGGAAGGUUCCAGGUCUUCCGACGCCAAUAGAAAACAUGAUUCUCCGAUACGUUAAAAUGAAGGCGGAUUGGUGGACGAAUACAGCUCAUUACAAUCGGGAAAGAAUCCGUCGAGGAGCCACCGUAGACAAGACCGUGUGCAAGAAGAAUUUGGGAAGACUGACGAGGCUGUAUCUAAAGGCUGAACAGGAGAGACAGCAUAAUUAUUUGAAGGACGGUCCCUACAUCUCUCCCGAAGAAGCCGUAGCAAUAUACACAACGACAGUCCAUUGGCUCGAAUCUCGUCGAUUUGCGCCCAUCCCCUUCCCGCCCCUAUCAUACAAACACGACACAAAACUGCUCAUUUUGGCCUUAGAAAGGCUGAAAGAGGCGUACAGUGUCAAGUCCAGGCUGAAUCAGAGCCAAAGGGAGGAAUUGGGAUUGAUAGAACAGGCCUAUGACAACCCGCACGAAGCAUUGUCGAGAAUCAAGAGACAUUUGCUUACACAAAGAACGUUUAGAGAGGUUGGUAUAGAAUUCAUGGAUCUAUACUCGCAUUUAGUCCCGGUGUAUGAUGUGGAACCCUUGGAGAAGAUCACAGACGCAUAUUUAGACCAAUAUCUGUGGUAUGAAGCGGACAAACGAAGGUUGCUGCCGCCAUGGGUGAAACCGGCUGACACAGAGCCUUCGCCGCUACUCGUCUAUAAGUGGUGUCAAGGUAUUAACAAUCUCCAAGAUGUAUGGGAAGUAGGUGAAGGAGAAUGCAAUGUACUUCUGGAGUCCCGCUUUGAAAAACUCUAUGAAAAGAUCGAUCUGACCCUUCUCAAUAGAUUGCUUCGGUUGAUAGUCGACCACAAUAUUGCUGAUUAUAUGACUGCUAAGAAUAACGUCGUUAUCAAUUAUAAGGACAUGAAUCACACAAACUCAUAUGGUAUCAUCCGUGGUCUGCAAUUCGCAUCAUUCAUAGUCCAAUACUAUGGUCUAGUGCUAGAUCUGCUAGUCCUAGGUCUCCAAAGGGCUAGUGAAAUGGCCGGACCUCCGCAACUGCCGAAUGACUUCCUGGCUUAUCAAGACCGUCCUGUGGAGUCAGCUCAUCCAAUUAGACUGUAUUGCAGAUACGUCGAUCGGAUUCAUAUAUUCUUUAGAUUCUCGGCUGAAGAGGCCCGGGAUCUCAUUCAAAGAUACCUAACAGAGCAUCCGGAUCCGAAUAAUGAAAACAUCGUUGGGUACAAUAAUAAGAAGUGCUGGCCCAGGGAUGCUCGGAUGAGGCUCAUGAAACAUGACGUUAAUUUGGGUCGAGCGGUAUUUUGGGAUAUCAAGAACCGUUUACCUCGUUCCGUGACAACGAUUCAAUGGGAGAACAGCUUCGUCUCAGUUUAUUCGAAAGACAAUCCCAAUUUGCUAUUCAACAUGGCCGGCUUUGAGUGUAGGAUACUGCCUAAAUGCCGCAGUCAGAACGAGGAACUGUCCCACCGUGACGGUGUGUGGAACUUGCAAAACGAAGUGACGAAAGAGCGAACGGCGCAAUGUUAUUUGCGUGUUGACGACGAAUCCUUAGCGAGAUUCCACAACAGAGUCAGGCAGAUUCUGAUGGCCUCAGGUUCCACCACGUUCACCAAAAUUGUUAACAAAUGGAACACCGCGCUUAUAGGUCUGAUGACGUACUUCCGCGAAGCCGUUGUAAACACUCAAGAGUUACUCGAUCUGUUAGUAAAAUGUGAAAACAAGAUUCAAACGCGUAUCAAGAUCGGUCUCAACUCCAAAAUGCCCUCACGUUUCCCGCCCGUUGUUUUUUACACGCCCAAAGAGCUUGGCGGUUUGGGAAUGUUGUCUAUGGGUCACGUACUUAUACCACAGUCUGACCUUCGCUGGUCGAAACAAACAGACGUCGGUAUCACUCACUUCCGUUCGGGAAUGUCUCACGAUGAAGACCAGCUGAUUCCCAACUUGUACCGAUACAUUCAGCCGUGGGAGGCAGAAUUCGUGGACUCACAGCGUGUAUGGGCCGAGUAUGCUCUGAAGAGACAGGAGGCGAACGCGCAAAACCGACGUCUAACCCUCGAAGAUUUAGAAGAUUCAUGGGACAGAGGUAUUCCACGUAUCAACACGCUUUUCCAAAAGGACAGACACACGCUCGCGUACGACAAGGGCUGGCGUAUACGUACUGAAUUCAAACAAUACCAGGUAUUGAAGCAAAAUCCAUUCUGGUGGACGCAUCAGCGUCACGAUGGUAAAUUAUGGAAUCUGAACAACUACCGGACAGAUAUGAUUCAAGCCCUUGGUGGAGUUGAAGGAAUUCUGGAACACACAUUAUUCAAGGGAACAUACUUCCCUACGUGGGAAGGUUUGUUCUGGGAAAAGGCCUCUGGAUUCGAGGAAUCCAUGAAAUACAAGAAGCUGACCAACGCCCAACGUUCCGGUUUGAACCAGAUUCCGAAUCGUCGUUUCACACUUUGGUGGUCGCCGACUAUUAACCGUGCCAACGUGUACGUCGGUUUCCAGGUGCAACUGGAUUUAACUGGUAUUUUCAUGCAUGGAAAGAUCCCAACUUUGAAGAUAUCGCUCAUCCAGAUAUUCAGAGCUCACUUGUGGCAGAAGGUUCACGAAUCUAUUGUCAUGGACUUGUGUCAGGUGUUCGAUCAAGAACUAGAUGCUUUGGAAAUAGAGACAGUACAAAAGGAAACCAUUCACCCGAGGAAAUCAUAUAAGAUGAACUCAUCCUGUGCUGACAUACUUCUGUUCUCUGCAUACAAGUGGAAUGUAUCGAGGCCAUCGCUUCUAGCAGAUACCAAGGACACAAUGGACAACACAACAACUCAAAAGUACUGGUUGGACAUACAACUCCGUUGGGGUGAUUACGACUCCCACGACAUUGAGCGUUACGCACGAGCCAAGUUCCUCGACUACACUACGGAUAACAUGUCAAUUUAUCCCUCACCUACUGGUCUGCUAAUUGCCAUUGAUUUGGCCUAUAAUCUCCACAGUGCAUAUGGCAACUGGUUCCCCGGCUGCAAGCCCCUCAUACAACAGGCCAUGGCGAAGAUAAUGAAAGCAAAUCCCGCUCUUUAUGUGCUAAGGGAGAGAAUAAGGAAAGCUCUGCAGUUAUACUCUUCAGAGCCAACGGAGCCAUACCUCUCCAGUCAGAACUAUGGAGAGCUGUUCUCUAACCAAAUUAUUUGGUUCGUGGAUGACACAAAUGUAUACCGUGUGACCAUUCACAAGACUUUCGAAGGCAACCUGACCACGAAACCAAUAAACGGCGCCAUCUUCAUCUUCAACCCGCGCACGGGACAGCUCUUCCUCAAGAUUAUUCACACUAGUGUAUGGGCUGGACAAAAACGUCUCGGACAGCUCGCUAAAUGGAAGACUGCUGAAGAAGUAGCUGCUUUGAUUCGUUCCCUACCCGUUGAAGAACAACCUAAACAGAUCAUUGUCACAAGAAAGGGAAUGUUGGAUCCACUCGAGGUCCACUUGCUUGAUUUCCCCAACAUUGUGAUAAAGGGUUCCGAGCUCCAACUACCAUUCCAAGCGUGUCUAAAAGUGGAGAAAUUCGGUGAUCUCAUCCUCAAAGCCACUGAACCGCAAAUGGUCUUGUUCAACUUGUAUGACGAUUGGCUUAAGACGAUAUCUUCUUACACUGCCUUCAGUCGUCUCAUCCUCAUCCUACGAGCGUUGCACGUAAACACUGAACGUACAAAAGUCCUCCUAAAACCAGACAAAACAACGCUGACGGAGCCUCAUCACAUUUGGCCUACGCUUUCUGACGAUGACUGGAUCAAGGUGGAAGUUCAGCUCAAAGACCUUAUUCUGGCCGAUUAUGGAAAGAAAAACAACGUUAAUGUGGCAUCGCUCACCCAAUCGGAGAUCCGUGACAUCAUUCUCGGUAUGGAGAUAUCGGCGCCCUCUGCCCAACGGCAACAGAUAGCAGAGAUAGAGAAGCAGAGCAAGGAGCAGAGUCAGCUCACUGCCACUACCACACGCACGGUUAAUAAGCACGGAGAUGAGAUCAUAACUUCUACCACCAGCAACUACGAGUCGCAGACCUUCAGUUCGAAGACGGAAUGGCGUGUGCGUGCGAUAUCGGCUACAAACCUGCAUCUACGUACAAACCAUAUCUACGUGAGCUCUGAUGACAUUAAGGAAAGUGGUUACACUUACAUCUUACCAAAGAACCUGCUUAAAAAAUUCGUCACUAUCUCCGAUUUGAGAGCUCAGAUCGCCUGCUAUCUCUAUGGUACAUCUCCCCCCGAUAAUCCACAAGUACGCGAAGUCCACUGUGCGGUACUUCCACCGCAAUGGGGUACUCACCAGACGGUGCAUCUUCCUAAACACUUGCCCAAACAUCCGGCGCUUGCGCACUUACAACCAUUGGGAUGGAUGCAUACACAACCUAACGAAUUGCCACAGUUGUCGCCACAGGACAUAACAGCACACGCCAAGGUAAUGGCUGACAAUCAAACGUGGGACGGUGAGAAGACCAUCAUAAUCACGUGUUCGUUUACACCUGGAUCGUGUUCGCUAACAGCGUAUAAAUUGACACCUAGCGGAUACGAAUGGGGGGUCAAGAAUACUGACAGGGGAAAUAACCCCAAAGGUUAUUUGCCAAGUCAUUAUGAAAAAGUUCAAAUGUUGCUGUCGGACAGAUUCCUCGGAUACUUCAUGGUGCCAUCACAAGGCAGUUGGAAUUAUAACUUCAUGGGUGUCCGUCACGAUCCCAACAUGAAAUACGGCGUACAACUUGGCAAUCCACGUGAAUUCUAUCACGAAGUACACCGACCGGCUCAUUUUAUGAACUUCGCGGCGAUGGAAGAUGCCACUGCACCGACAAUAGCGGCUGAUAGGGAGGACCACUAUGCUUAAAUACCAGUUUUCUGUGGUUUUUUUUUAAAUAUGCAAAUUGAAAACUGUAAAUAUAAGAUAUAAACUUUACAAU